UGGGGCAUUUUUUGUUGACCUCAAGCUUCUUGAUCAAUCCCACUGGACUUGGCAAUGUGGACAAACUUCACAACGAUAUAUUAAACCACAGUGAGAACACACGACUACAGUUUUCGACCUCGUGUCCGUUCCUUUUCUCGCAGUACCUCUGGACCUCAUGUGGCCGUAAUUAAUAAUACGCUGGUGAAUAGUGGCAUCAUUCUCUGUUAAACCUUCUUUGCUUGGGUUUUUGGUGUUGAUUAAAUUUUUUUGUGAUGCCUACUGAAUUUAUGAUCGCUAUCGCUAACUAGCUGCUAAUCUGUCAACGGUGGGCUGCUCGAUCGAGUUCCACUCACAUUCCCUGCCAGCAUGCCAGUGGAGCUCAACUUGACUUCGCUCCUGAAUGCAACCGUGAAUCAGAAUCAGACCCGUGGCUGCUCGCUAACUCACACCGGCUUCCAGUUCUACUACCUUCCUACGGUCUACAUCAUCGUCUUCAUUACUGGAUUUAUCGGAAACAGUUUGGCGAUAUGGAUGUUUAUCUGCCACAUGCGACCUUGGAGCAGCAUUUCGGUCUACAUGUUUAACCUGGCGCUGGCGGACUUCUGCUACGUACUCUCGCUUCCCUUCCUCAUAUUCUACUACUUCAACAAAACUGACUGGAUUUUUGGUGACAUAACGUGUCGCCUUCAGCGCUUCAUAUUCCACGUCAACCUGUACGGGAGCAUCCUGUUCCUCAUGUGCAUUAGUGUGCAACGUUACUCGGGAGUCGUCCACCCUCUUAAAUCAUUAGGGAGGCUCAAGAAGAAGAACGCGGUGCGCACCAGCGCCUUGGUUUGGUUCGUGGUGAUAGCUGGGAUCUCCCCGAUUCUGUACUACUCACGAACCGGAGCCAAAGGAAAUUUCACCACGUGCUACGACACGACCACCCUGGAUGAGCUCCCGGGCUACUUCGUCUACAGCAUGUGCAUGACCGUGUUCGGCUUCUGCGUGCCGUUCUUGGUCAUUCUGGGCUGUUACGGGUUCAUCGUCAAGGCUUUGAUCUACAAUGACAUGGACAAUGUGCCACUCAGGAAGAAGUCCAUCCACCUGGUCAUCAUUGUGCUGGCGGUCUUUGCUGUGUCCUACUUGCCCUUCCACGUCAUGAAGAACCUGAACAUGAGGGCUCGGCUUUACUUCCAAAGCCCAGAAAUGUGCGAGUUUAACGACCGGGUGUACGCCACCUACCAGGUGACCCGGGGUUUAGCGAGCCUCAAUAGCUGUGUAGAUCCCAUACUUUACUUCUUGGCUGGGGACACUUUUCGACGACGGCUCACCAGAGCCACAAAGAAAAACUCCAGGAGGGGCGACGUCGUGCUCCAGUCGAAGAGCGAGGAAACGGCCCUGAACAGUCUCCCGGAAUAUGCCGAGAACGGGGGCAGAUCGAUAUGAGCGCUGGGAAUAAACUCCAAACUUUUGCACUGACGAGGACGUUUACUUUAAUUGCACUGAGAGCAAAACAAGCCCAGAAUAAAUUCAGGACGUGAUAUUUAUCUGAGAUGCAAUAAAUUUCAGACUUUGUACACUCGGAAGAGUCGAGCCCUGAGCCGAGACGCAGCUGUCUGGACAUUCCUAAAAUGCUAUCUGGAUUGAUAACACCGUACUUAGUGUAUAUACUCAUAAACAUGUACUUUCUUUGUGAAAUCGUCUUCAUUGUACUGUACUGUAUUGUAUCUGUCAGUAUUAUACAAGCUGCAACGUGGUGCGUGAUGUUCUGUUUAGGUUUAGAGAAGCUGCAAUUCCUAGGAAGUAGCCUGUCACAAAUAUCAAGCUCUGAUCACUAA